AUGACAAGAUAUGAGCGUGACCCUGAAUUGGUGAACUUUCUGUCGAAAGUGGAGGAUUUGGACUCUAAGAGAUACAAUAAUGUUUCCACUUCAAAACCAACCAGGGAACCGCUUUCACCGGUAAAAAGUCACAACCCUAGGGAAUGUAGAGAGGCUGAUAUAAUAACCGGGGAAAACAUUGAAGAUAGGGAUAAUUUGGCUUACCGAUCUGCAUACAAUUAUGAAAUGACAUUUUCUCCAAAGAAGACUCAUUACUCAUUAAAUGAAUUGGACCUUGAACGAAUAACACCGAAGCCGGAUUCGAAGAAUCGUGCCUCUCGAAACGAAAAAAAAUUUGUCAUUUCUGAAGAAGAUUAUUUACUGUUGCAGAAAUUGAAGGCUUCUCAAUCAUGUAGUGAUUUCAAUUCCAACCAAAAUUUACCUUCCUUUGAAGAAGGACCUCGUAUGCCCAGUCGAGGUCGACCCAGACAGAGAGAGAAGGAGAUAAUAUCCAUCCGGUACGACUUUGAAUUACCUGAAAGAGCAGAUACACCUUCCACCUCUUCUUCACCACCACCACCUUUACCCACAAGGCGUAAUCAUGCCAGAAUCAAUGAAGAUGCGGCUGAAGAGAAACCGCUUCUUCCAACAAGGCCUACCAAAGCAGGUGUCACAGAACCUCCGCCAUCAAGGUCAAAAAAACCGGAAGUUGUGGUACCUGAGCGCGUUAAACCAGCUCCACCUGUCCCACGUUCCACAAAACCGGCUAGCUUUCUGAGUUCCUUGGAAGAUAACAAAUUGACAAAGGCAAAGAGCCAUAAUUCGGAGGUGGAAACCCCAAAAAAAACCAUAAAAAAUUCUCAUAUCGAUUAUCUGGAUUCCAUACAAUUAAAACCAACCACUUUAUCCCCUACGAUAAAAAAUAAAUCUAAACCAGCCCCUCCUUCUCCACCUGCGAAAAGAAUUCCAAGGUCUGAAAGUUUUAUCAAGUCUAUGCUAAAUUCAAAUCUUACAACAACUUCCAAGCCUUCUUUGCCUGAAAAACCCCAAAAACUAUGGAAUGCAAAUCUGGCCGCCCAAAAGUCUAAACCAAGCAUACCGCCAAAGAGGGUGGAGUUGAAGGUAGUACUACCCGAGUUGCGUCCCGUGGAAACUUCUCCAACAAAGCAGAAAUUCGAACAUUCAAUCGAUUUGCCCAAGUUACGAUCCAGCAGCCGUAACAUAAAGAAAAAAGAGAAGGAUAAUAUUCCAGAAGGAAUUAAAGGUAUACAAAAUCUAAAGAAAACCAAACAGGAGAAACCUAUAAUCCCCCAGAAAAAACCAUUUUUAACUGAUAGUUCAAAAGAUACUACGAUCAAAAAUGAUAAUGACGUGAACAAGUCAGAUAACGAACUUGAAGCUCUCUCCUUACGGAAUAACCUGAAGAAACGUCCACCAAAGGCCCCACAACGUAAAAUUUCCAUGCCAGAAGCAUUACGAAAAGUUGAAUUAAUGAAAAAAUCUAAAACUGAGCCUGUAUUGGAACCCUCAAACGAACUCAGCAUAAACGCGAAAUUAGACGCAAUAAUUGCAUCCAGAAACUUAAGAGCAUCCAAUACUCUACCGGAAUUUAACAAUAUUAAUACUAAUACUGCAACUUUUGACGAGUCUGCUAUUUCUAGAGUUGGAACAACAAAGGAAACUAAACCGUUGGUUCACCCGAACAAAAAUAGGGCUCGUGGUCCCAGAAGAAAACCCCCUACACGCCUGUAA